AUGCAGGAAAUUUAAUUGAUAGUACCCUAUCGAUAAAACAUUGCAAAAGCAAUCUUAUUUUAUCUACUGUGCAUACUAUCGUUAGGUUUAGUCUAUGUAGUGGCUACUUGGCAUUACAAGAUUUGGGCAAUACUGAGAAUGUCAAAGUGUGAAAUAUUUGCAGCGGAGUAUUUUCGAAUAGACUCAAAAGAUGGUACACAAGAGAUCGUUCCUAGUCAUCAUUAUAUACAAAAAGGAUUAGAUUAUAUAGGCUUUACAUACAGAUAUAAAAGAUUUAUAUAUCGAGAGGGAAGAUUUGAAAAAAUUUAGUUUCAACUCUAGCAUAACAAAGAUGUUCAUCAGAGAGAUCAUUUGAAGUCUAACGAAUAGCUGAAAGAUUAUUAGGAACUUUAUGGAAUUAAUUCAACAGAGAUUCCCAGAAAACCAAUUCUGUCAAUCCUUAUAGAUGAAUUAAUGCAUCCUUUAUUUGUUGUGUAGAUUCUUUAAAUUUUGCUAUGGAUUUAUGAAGAGUAUACAAGUUAUGCCAUUAUUUUGUUGUUGACAUCAAUCAUCUCGAUGAUAGAUACUUUAUUUGAGUAUAGAGAGAGUUAUCGAGAGAUUAGACUGAAUUCCAAAUUGGAACACGAAGUGACUAUCAUAAGAUUUGGAUAACAAAUAAAAACUCAUUCAAGAGAGUUAGUACCAGGAGAUAUUAUAAUCGUUGAACCUUUUUAGGUUAUUGCUUGUGAUUGUGUACUUAUAUAAGGAACUUGCAUUGUGUAGGAGUAAUUUUUGAAUGGUGAAUAAACUCCAAUUACUAAAAGCAAUCUACCAAAUGAUGAUUCAGCUUUUGUGUAAAAGGAUGGAAACAUGUUGUAUAUGUCAACAUUCUGUUUGAGAGCAGAGGAGAAUUGUUUGGCUUUUGUUGUUUCAACAGGGUUCAAUACAAGGAAAGGUGAGUUAAUAAGAGAGGUGAUGUUAACACCUGAUUAUUCGUUUGAUUUCUAUGAGGAUAGUAUGAGAUAUUUAAAAUAUUUAAGCAUUGUGGCAAUAGUAGGUUAUUUAAUCGCCUUGCCAUUUAAGAUAUAUUUCUUAAUCACCUAUCCCUUUCUGGAAGCCACUGAUCUAAUAACUGACAUCUUGGAUCUUUUAGCAGUGUGUGUACCACCGACUCUACCAACCACUUUAUAGAUAGGGUUAAGCUUAGCGUUAAAGAGAUUCAAAAAGAAAAAGAUCUAUUGUUUUAAUCCAGGUAAAAUAAAUUUGGCAGGAAUGGUCAAUUAAGUUUGUUUUGAUAAAACAGGCACACUAACAGAGGAAGAACAGAGACUCUAUGGAGUAAUUGAAAUGAAUAGUUAAGGGUAGUUGAAUCCUCUUUUGAAGGAUUUCGAUAAUUUAAAUAAAGUUAUAAGAUUGGUUAUGGCAUGCUGUAACAAUAUUGUAAAUGAAGAAGAAAUUCUUUAUGGAGAUCAUUUAGAUUUGGCAUUAUUCAAGAAUAGUUCUGCAAAGAUUUUUUAUAGGACAGUGAUGUUGGAUGGAGUAAAUUAUGACAUUGUAAAGACCUUUGAAUUUACAUAAGAAUUACAACGCAUAUGUUGUAUUAUACAUAAUCAAUAAAAUCAUAAUAAAUAUUCAUUGGUUAAGGGAGCACCUGAGAAGAUUAAAUUAAUGUGUGAUAGUGUUCCAGAUGAUUAUACUUCAGUGUUUAAAUAUUAUAGUCAUCAUGGAUUCAAAGUUAUUGCCUGUGCAUAUAAAUAAUUAUUACAAGAGGAUGUAAUUCCGACAAGGGAGUAUUCUGAAUAAACUCUCACUUUCUUAUGUUUUUUAGUUCUAGAAAAUAGAGUAAAGGAUAAUGCAGAAUAAGUAAUUUUAUAGUUGAGAAGUGCAAAAAUAGAUACAAUUUUAGUUACUGGGGAUAAUGUAUUAACAUCAAUGAGAGUAGCCAGACAGACUAGACUAGUAGAAGAAAGUGAAUAGUUAGUAUAUGGGGAACUUGUCGAGAAUGAUAACGAAUUGUAAAUAGAUUGGAAGGAUAUGGAAUAGUAGUUUAAAGAAAUUGAGAAUUAAAUGCAUAAUGACACAAAAACAUUGUGUGCUGAAAUUCUAUAAUAGAAAUUACCUAAUUCAAUUAGUAAAUUCAACUUUGAUGCAAAAUCAUGUGAUAAUUUGGACAAUAACAUUGCAGUCGUCAAUGAUGAAGUCCAAGAAUAAUUACAAAAAUCAGCUACUCUUGCAAUCACAGGCAAAGUAUUCACAUAUUUAAUGAAAUAAGCAAAAGAAAAUAAAGAUUAUAAAUACAUUGAUUAAUUAAUAACAAAGACUAAGGUAUAUGCUAAGAUGAGAAGAGAACAUAAAGGUGAAUUGAUUAAUUACUUGAAAACGAAAAAGCAGAUUGUCUUUUGUGGUGAUGGAGGUGCUGAUAUUUAAGCUAUGCGUACUGCCGAUGUUGGAAUAAGUUUAACAAACACAAAAUUGUCUUUGGCUGCUCCAUUUACAUCAGGAUAGGAGGAUUUGAGUACAGUGCCCAUCAUUCUAAUUGAAGGCAGAGGAGCGUUGACUACUUCAUUUCAAGCUUUUGAAUAUAUGACAAUGUGUUCAUUAGUACAAUUUUUAAGUUGCACAAUCUUAUAUUUCCAAUAUUCAUACAUGACCAACUCCUAAUUUCUUAUUUUAGAUUUAUUUGUGGUUUUACCACUCAGCAUUUUAAUGACUUACACAGAUAAUCUUAGGAAAUUAACUACAGAAAUUCCAUAGAGAAGUUUAGUCAGUGUAGAAGUUUUAUCAAUAAUAUUUGGAUAGUGUUUUAUUUAAAUGUCAUUUUAAAUACUCAUUUACCUUAUAUUAAUUUAUUAAGAUUGGUACAAGGAUCCUGUUACAUUAUCACGCCAAGAAUACGGAGAAGCAGGUUUUAUGCAAUCAUUCGAGGCAACAUCUUUAUUUUUAGCCACUAAUUUCUAGUAUAUUAUGUUAUCAGUAUCAUUAUCAUAUGAUCCUAGAUUCAAAAAACCAUUUUACUCAAAUAGACCUUUCACUAUUUAUUUGAUUUUCCUAUUCAUACUCGAACUCUAUUUGCUUAUGUUCACUUAUAAGGAUGACACAGAGGAUGACUAUCUAAAUCUUACAUUCAAAGUAUAAGAAUACGAAAUGCCACAAUCAUGGCUCUUGUUUCUACUUGGGAUGAUUAUAUUGAAUUCUACUUUAACUCACACCUACUAAAUUUAUGGAGUUCCAUAUGUUAUUGCAAAAAUGAAAAAUAAAUUAUGA